AUGAAGUUUUUCUCUCUGGCUUCAGUAUCCACCCUUGCCUCUAUUGCGUUCGCAACUCCCAAUCCCCUUCCGGGAAGCGCCAACAUCACUUUGCGUGAUCCCGCGGUCAUAUACAACAACGCCUCACAGACGUACUUCGUCUUCUCCACAGGCAAGAACAUCAAGAUAUACACAAGCCCAUCUCUGAAAGGCCCGUGGUCGUCCGCCGGAGAAGUGCUCACAAACGGCUCCAUGAUUCCGGUACCAAGUAAUGCGGGCGCAUGGGCUCCGGACGUAAGCAGGGUAAACGACGAGUUCGUCCUAUAUUACGCCGUCAGCACUGGAGGUCGUAGAAAUUCGACAAUUGGGGUCACUACAAGCCCGAACAUGGAAUCUGGCUCUUGGACAGACCACGGAAAGGUCAUCCAGACGAAGGAGAGCGACACAUUUAAUGCCAUCGACGCCAAUCUGAUCGACGCCGACGGACUAAAGCUGCUGUUCGGAUCUUACGGUGACGGCAUCUUCCAGCUACAGAUGUCUGAUAUCUCAACUACAUUAACUCCUCUCCCGGGAAACCACCUCGCAGGCGGCGACAAAAUGCCCGACGAGGGUGGUUUCACGUACAAACCUAAGAACUCGAGCUUCUUCUACACGUUCUUCUCGAAUGGUGUUACCCCUCUGCAAGGUGCAACGGAACGCCCGCCCCCGGGCCAGGAGUACAAAGUACUCGUCGGCCGCAGCGAGAAUGUCGCGGGGCCAUAUGUCGACAAGAGCGGCCUCAACCUCACAAGCCCCCCGGCGGGCACGCUCGUCCUCGGUUCGCACGACACCGUUUAUGCGCCUGGCGGUCAGAGCGUGUACCUUGACCCGGUGAGCGGCCGGGACAUCAUGGUGUAUCACUACGUCAUGAACGACUCGUUUGGAGGCCCGUCUUACCUCGGGGUCAACUUCCUCGACUUUUCGUCCGGAUGGCCCGAGGUCGUCGAAGAGUAG